AUGAGCAUCUCAUUCAGCUGGGCCCAGAGCGGACUCAACAAGUCCAGGUUUGAAGCGUACACAAAGCUCCUGAGACUGCGAAAUGGCGGCCAGGUCGAGGAAUCGUCCGACUUCUCCGAGCGGCCCGACGAUGACAUCGAGCUCGCAGAUCCGAGCGACGGCGCCGAAUCUGUCAGAGUGCGCAACCUUUCGCACGUGGAAAACAGCAGGCUGAAGAGGACUUUCCUGGAAAGACUGUCUGAGCUCGUGGCGAAUUCCAAAGGCGGCCACCACGUCUCGGCGGCCUUGAUGGUCGAGUGGCCCGAUCGCGUCGACGUUCUUGUUGCGAGGAAUAGCGGCUUCAAGCCCGACGAUCCGAGCGUCCGGAUGCUGGAGAAGCUGUCAUCAGGACUGAGGGAAAUCUCGAGAAUAGGUCUUGCAGAUUCUGAAGCUUCCACCGUAGCCGAAAAUCUGUGGACUUCUCUAGUGGAGUGGUAUAAACCCCGGUUGAUGGACUACAUUGUGCAGGCCAAGCUCGCUUUGAAGAAGUGCAACCUCGAUGGUCUCACCGGCGACUCCUCGACAUCGCAAAUCACGGGCCCUCAAGUCCAGGCCUCUCUUCUUCCAUCCAAGCUCAAGGAACUCUACGAUGCUCUGAACAACACGCCCCGGCUGUCGACAAAGACUGGGCUCGAAGAAGUGAUACUCGUCGCGUAUCAUAUUUGCUACCUCUACCCCGAGAGCGAGUUUGAGCGAAUAACAAAAGACAAGUCAGGAAUCAGAUCGGCCAGGAAUGCGCUCGGGUUUCUAGGCCGUUUUCAGUCUUGCUUCAACACCUUGAUCAACGCCACGGAAAGGCUCUCCAACUUCGAGGGCCUCCGCAUUGUCCCAGUUACGAUUCAGCCCAACAAGCCACAGAGCAAAGCUCCCGACGCCAGGUGGUCAGCUGUCGAGACAUUCGCCUCUCUGAACCUCAGACUUGACGACCAAUCGGUGGAAAAGGUCAUCGGAUCCGGGAACACGAAGAGCAAGGACACAUGGACAAAGGGGAAGCUUCUGCAGAAAUUCGACAAGUUCAAGUCAUCAGUCUCGGAGGUGCACGCCGAAGUCCAGCUCGUUCUGGGCCUCGCCCAGCACAGCCACGUCGGCGGCGCCGUGUUGCGCUACAUUGGGUGCAGCAAGCGGAGUUGUUUUCUGUGCUCCAAGUUUGUCCAUGGCUACGGAUCGUUCACAACUCGGGGAUCCCAUGGCAAGCUUUACAACCUCUGGUCUGUGCCCGAGGUGUCGGUCAUUUCAGACGCGGAAGCUGCGCAGCUGGCUGCCGCUGUCGGCGCCGCCGAGAAAGCAAUGCGGAACCUCAUCCUGAACAAGAAGAAAGACCAUCUGGCCCACGCCGCUGAAUCCACCGUUGGCGGCUCCUCGGUCGCAACUGGAGUCCGGCAGUUUGGCGACCAGCACUUGAUGGACCUCGUCUCCCGGCACCUCGAAUCCCAGCGUGAAGCUGCCAUGGCGCGGAGCACAACCACCGACAACGGAGAGACCCAUCUCGACGAUAUCAGAGAGGAACCGCCAGAGUCUGACCUUGGGCCCCGAGACGAAGGUGCAGUCCCAGAUCCAAAUCAGGCGUUGACGGCUGGAGAAUGUGAUAUCUGCGAAACCGAAACGACCCGCCGCUGCUCCUUCUGCAGCCGAGACUGGUUCUGCAGCGCCAAGUGCCAGGAAAAGAUGUCCAUGUACCACCUCGUCAAGUGCUCGGCGCGAUCGCUGACGACAGCCGACAUCCUCUGCCGCGACGCCAUCGCCGACGAGAUGCCCUCGGACCCGCAGACGCGCGACGACUUUGGCUUCUCGCGGUGCCGCACGCGGCACGAGGAGUCGCACCUGCUGGGCAUGUACCGGGGGAUGGUGGCGUUGUCCGACGACGUGCACGCCAACCAAGUUCACGAGUGGCGAGUCGAGGGCAUCCUCGCCGACAAGAUUGACGAGUUCUACCUCAAAAUCCCCGAGCGCUACCGCGGGUCCUACUACCCGUGGUUCGCGCGCAACAAGCACCUGCUCGACCCGGCCGUCCCGCCCAUCGACACCGCCGGCAAGGACAACCCGCUGCUCCGCGCCAUCGAGCUGGCGAAGCCCUAUCUCGACGCGGCCGACCGGGACAAGGACUUCCGCGAGCUCGAGCCGCCGGCGAAGCGAUACUGCUUCGUCUUCUUCGCCAUGGCGCUCGAGACGUCGCGGCCCAACCCGGGCUGGGAGGAGCUCGACAUGUGGUACGACUUUGGCUUCGCGACGUGCGCCGACGAGUACGACGAGGGCGGCCUGGGCUCGCUCUACAACCGGCUGCUCGGGGGCAACAAGUACUUUGAAGACUACAACCGCAGCCUGGGCAUCGCGCCGGACCGCAGGAUGCCCAGCCAGCAGCCCUGCCCAUUCUCCGACUUCUGGCGUGCGUGGGAGGCGCGCAGCCUCCCGCGGCUCUUUGACAGGUACGGCUUGGGUGGGGGGGGCCCACAUCUGCGGCACUUCCUCUCGUUCCCGGCCGGCAAGCCGCGGCCGUCGGUGUGGCGGCUGCGGCACAUGCUUGCCCUCGACGACAACACCCCGCUGGGCGGCUUCCCCGAGAUUGAGGCGGCAGCGCGAGAGUACGGCUUCACGCCGGCCGUGGAUGCGCGGACCAAGAUUGAGCUGUUGCAGUUCUACAGGAAGUUGCUAAACCGGGGAGACGCGCUGGAGAUCCAUGCGGCGAGGGCCAAAGGCAAUCUGCUGGAGUAUGCUGAGAAAUGCCUGCCGGACAUUGACGGGAGAGUGAGGGAAGUGCUGAAGCGGCUUCGAUGA